CCUCGUUGGCCGAAGGAAGGGACCAGUUCGGAUCGAGAUUGGACCCUCGUGGACCUUCCGGAAAAUGUUCUUCAGGUUCGCCAUUUUCGUCGGUCUCGGCUCCGUCGUGGCCACUAUCAUUUACCUCACCCCCGUUCCAGAGCAAACAUUUCUAUCCUGCGACAGGCCAUGUCAUCAUCUGGAUUGGCCAAUGAUCUGUCGCGUGAAGCUCACGCUCGAAGUUUUCCAAUCAUUGAGCAAAUCGUGCGGUGAUUGUCCGACCAAUCAGACGGCUUGUGUGGCCCAGCAUUGCGUGGCUACCGAUGGACAUCGUCGAGGGCUGCUGACCGCGAAUCGACAGAUGCCUGGACCCACUAUCCAGGUUUGCGAGAACGAUAUUUUGGUGGUGGACAUCGUGAACAGGCUUCCCGGGAAAGCUGCAGCCAUUCAUUGGCGAGGACAGCCUCAAAGUGAGACACCGUGUAUGGAUGGGGCACCAUUGGUUACCCAAUGUCCCAUUCCGAGUUACACAACCUUCCAGUACAAAUUUCGGGCAUCUGCCCCGGGAACGCAUCUCUGGCACGCACACGCGGGAGCUAAUAUGGCGGAUGGAAUUUUCGGUUCGCUCAUUGUGAGGCAGGCCGAUUUGCGAGAACCACACAGGUCGUUUUAUGACGUUGAUGACCCGAAUCACGUUAUUCUAACCACUCAAUGGCAGCAUCAGUUCCCUACGAAUGCACCGAGUGCUUCGGGACCUUCCAAGUCUACGGUUAUUCUCGUAAAUGGCAAAGCUCGUCAUCCAGGAGGUCCAGUUGUACCUCUAACGACAUUUACCGUUAUUCCUGGAAGAAGACAUCGGUUCCGAGUCGGCAAUGUCGGCGGAGCUGGUUCUUGCCCGAUAACCAUGUCCGUUGAUGGGCAUCGACUCUUGCUGAUAACUCUGGAUGGCCAUCCCGUAACUCCACAACGCGUCACGUCCAUUACGCUCGCCAAAGGUGAACGUGCCGACUUUGUGCUGAAAGCUAAACGGCCGAUUUCUUCCUAUUGGAUGAACUUUAGGACGGACAAAGACUGCGACUCGUCUUUAAUUAGCGGAAAGGCAAUCUUGAAGUACAAGGGAAGUCUUGAGGAGGCACCAACCAGUGGAGAAGAAAAGUAUAUGAUAAAUAACGAUCUAGAGGAGAUUAUUCAAAAUGAUAUUGGUUUCACGUCCAGUUCCACAAAUAAAUGUGCGAGUUCCGAGAAGCUAUGCAUUUCUGAACUACAAGCCAUGAACAAAAUGCCGAAACUUCUGGCUAAACCGAAGAUGGACGUCACUUUAUACCUUCCUAUUAAUUACAGGAUACAAUCCCCCGAACGCGCAGGCACUAAUAAUGUGGAGACUCGAAUCCUAAAUGUUGAUAACGCUACUUUCACGUACCCAUCUUCUCCAUUAUUAACACAAGGCCAGGACAUCGUGGGUACGGUAUUAUGUUCCGUAGCUGGCAAUGAUGGGAUCGAAAGUUUUACCGGAAGUCCAGGCAGCUGUCGACGUGAUAAUACUAUCGAUGAUUUCACUUGCGAGUGCGUCCAUAUACGACGAAUACCUUUAGGGGCUACCGUGGAAAUCAUUCUUUUGGACCAAGCCGGUUUGGACGAUUUAGUUUACCAUUUACACGGGUAUAGUUUCCACGUCGUAGGCGCCAGAGAAUUCGGUCGUAGCAUGUCUUUAAAAGAAAUUAAAGAUAUGGAUACGCAAAGAUCAUUAUUCACAAGGGAUUUAGAAUUUGCUGUAGUAAAGGAUACCAUCAAAGUUCCCAAAUUUGGCGCCGUUGCUCUACGAUUUAAGGCGAACAAUCCUGGGUACUGGUUAUUGCGCGACGAGCAUGCCUUGGAUUGGACCCGAGGUUUGGAUGUUAUUUUACAAGUUGGAGAACCCGAAGAAAUGAUUGCCGCGCCUGUAGACUUUCCUAAAUGUGGAUCAUUUGUAGGACCUGACUACUUUCUCAUUUGAGUCUCUAAUGCGGAAAGUAUAAUGUAAAUAAUUGUAAAUAUCUACUUUUGAACUGUUAGAUUUGUAAGAGAUCGUAUAAUUUACGAAAUUUGGUUAAAAGUGAUUUUUUUAUUGUUUGAUAAAAGUCAAAAUGUUAUGAUCGAAA